GCUUCCUUCUUCCCUCUUCAUCUCACACUGCAAUUCCAAAUCAACCAAUAUGGCCUCUUCUACUGUCUUCUUGCUUCCUCUACUAUUCGCCGCCGCCUCCCUCCUUUCCUCUUCCGCUGCUAAUUUCCACCAAUCAACCGAUAUUACCUGGGGAGAUGGCCGCGCUCAGAUUCUCAACAAUGGCGACCUUCUUUCUCUGUCCCUCGACAGAGCCUCUGGCUCUGGCUUCCGCUCCAGGAAUGAGUAUUUGUAUGGGAAGAUCGAUAUGCAAAUCAAGCUCGUUCCUGGCAACUCUGCCGGCACUGUCACUGCCUACUACUUGCGCUCAGAAGGGUCUGCGUGGGACGAAAUCGAUUUCGAGUUUUUGGGGAAUCUGAGCGGCGAUCCUUAUACUGUUCACACCAAUGUGUUCAGCCAGGGGAAGGGCAACAGAGAGCAGCAAUUCCAUCUCUGGUUCGACCCAACUGCUGAUUUCCACACCUAUUCAAUUCUCUGGAAUCCCCAGCGCAUUGUCUUCUACGUGGACGGCACACCCAUUAGAGAGUUCAAGAACCAUGAGUCGAUUGGCGUUGCAUUCCCCAAAAAUCAGCCGAUGAGGCUUCAAUCCAGUCUCUGGAACGCCGAUGAUUGGGCAACCCGAGGUGGGUUAGUGAAGACCGAUUGGACUCAGGCUCCAUUCACCGCAUCUUACAGAAACUUCAAUGAAAACGCCUGCAUUUGGUCAUCGGGACAGUCGUCUUGUGGGUCGAAUUCGUCGCCGACCUCCGACCACAAGUCGUGGUUCUCUCAGGAACUGGAUUCCGACAGCCAAGGAAAGAUGAACUGGGUCCAAAAGAACUACAUGAUCUACAAUUACUGCACCGAUGUAAAGCGAUUUCCUCAGGGCCUGCCUCCCGAAUGCAAUGCCACUGCCUGAGUUUAAUUCUUUUGAUUGUUCUUUUCUUGCCCAAUAUUCAUUUCUAUUGUAUUUGUAUACACAAUUUUUUUUUUUUUUUUUUUAACAUACUAUUAUCAAUGAAAUAAGGAGAGAAUUGAAUUGAAUU